AUGCGUCUCUCACAGACAAUCUUCUCGUCCGCACUGGCGGUGCUCUCACUCUCGGGCGCAGCUUGUGCACAGAACGCGACCACAACAGCCGGAGGUUCGACGCCCACAGCUGGGACUCCCGAGCCCUACAAACUACAGACGCCGCCCUUAGACACGGACUGGACGAGCAAGGUCGGGACGAGCCCGUGGCCGCAACACCCGCGCCCGCAGCUGCGCCGAGACAAGUGGCUCAACUUGAACGGCCUGUGGACAUACCAAGCCGCGGGCGGGGCCGAUGAUGUCAACAGCCCACCGGCCGGCGGCUCGCUCGAACGGGAGGUCCUGAUCCCGUCCUGCAUCGAGAGCGGACUCUCGGGUAUCCAGGAGCUCGGCAUUACCCACAUGUGGUUUGCGACGACGUUCCAGGUGCCCAGUGACUGGGGAAACCAAUCCGUGCUGCUCAACUUCGAGGCCGUCGACUACGAAGCGACCGUGUUCAUCAACGGCCAGAACGCCGGAUUCCACCGCGGAGGGUACUUCCGCUUCACCGUCGAUGCCACGACGUACAUCAACCGCAGCGGUGACAACACGAUCUUGGUGUUUGUUCAUGACCCAACGGAUCUGGAUGGCUACGUCAUUCCCAUCGGCAAGCAGACCAGAACCCCUUCGCACAUUUUCUACCGAGCUUGCUCUGGCAUCUGGCAAACUGUCUGGCUGGAGAGUGCGCCCGCGAACCACGUCACGCAGUUGGAUGUCGCUGCCGACCACAACGGAAACGUGAACGUUCAUGUCCACACCUCUUCGAACUCUUCCUCCGAUGUCCAGAUUGCUGUUCUGGAUAAGGAGGGCAAGACUGUGGGAGAAGGAACGGGAAGCUCUGGCACUGGGUUCAACUUCACCGUGUCCUCGCCUGAUGUUUGGUCACCCACAACGCCGAACUUGUACAACAUCACGGUCAAGUUGGGAGAUGACACUGUCCACAGCUACACUGGAUUCCGAACCAUCUCGACUGGUAUCGUGGAGGGUGUCAAGCGCCCUCUUCUCAACGGAGAGUUCAUCUUCAUGUUCGGUACCCUUGACCAAGGUUACUGGCCUGAUGGACUCCACACACCACCAACCUACGAGGCGAUGGUGUACGACUUGCAAGUUCUCAAGAACCUUGGCAUGAACAUGGUCCGCAAGCACAUCAAGAUCGAGCCGGAUCUGUUCUACAGGGCUGCCGAUGAGAUCGGUCUCCUCGUCAUCCAGGAUAUGCCUAGCCUGACUGCCAACUCUGCGCGUCUCCCCAAUGCUGAACAACAGGCCGAGUUUGAACGCCAGCUGCAGCUCAUGAUCGAGGAGCACAAGAGCUACACCAGCAUCGUCACUUGGACCAUCUACAACGAGGGCUGGGGCCAGCUCCGAAACGCACCCCAUCCCGAAGAGAAGCUUGUUGGAGUUGUCCGUGGUAUUGACCCCACCAGACUCAUCAACGCCAACAGCGGUUGGUACGACCAUGGUUUCGGCGACUUCUCCGACAACCACCACUAUGCAAACCCCCAAUGUGGAACUCCAUUCUACUCUCUUGCUUCUUCUCCUUAUGACGAGGCUCGCAUUGGUUUCCAGGGCGAGUUUGGCGGUAUUGGUCACAAUGUCUCCAUUGAGCACCUCUGGAACGUCCAGCAAGCGAUCGACACCAUCAACGGCACGUACGAGAUCGACGAGACGCUCGAGGCCUACAACUACCGCGCUCGGGUUCUGUUCAGGGAGUUCCGUGAGCAAGUUGAGAUGUUCGCCUGCAGCGGCGGUGUCUGGACCCAGACCAGUGAUGUGGAGGGCGAAGUCAACGGCCUGGUCACUUACGACCGCCGCAUCCUCCGUCCCGACCUUGCGCAGUGGCAGGUCGACAUCCAGGGUCUGUUCGACGCCGCGAAGGCUAGAAGCGGCCCCGUUAAUGGCACCAUGUAA